AUGAAGUUCACUAUUGCGUUUCUUGCUCUUUUCGCUUCUUCUGCCUUUGCUCUGCCUUGCAAAGAGUGCGACGGUUGCGGCCCAACUCCCGGCCCAGCUCCCGGCCCAACCCCUGGCGAAACCCCCGGCGACAAUGGUGGCAACGUGAAUGUAUGCAGCAAUGACCAAAAGAACGUUUGCUGUAGCGGCUCGGGAGGCUUCAUGGGUGGAUUCUUCUGCAACUUCAACGUUCUUGGGGAAAACUGCUCUGGUAGCACCUACUGCUGCGCUGGGGACAAGGUUGAGCAGAACGGCUUUGUCAACAUGAACUUCUUGAACAAUCACUGCGGCCGCGUGUUUUAA